AUGUACGGCCAACCAUGGUGUCGUGAUGGCAUCCGAGUCGAGGACUUGGCUCUCCAAUACGCCCCCAAAAGUGGCGUCGAUGCUUGGGCUCGCGAAAAGCAACAACCAGUUCUCCUCUCCGUCUCCCUUUCCUUCCAUCGAGGCUUUGAUUCUGCCGCAAGUCAAGAUGCACUUGACGAAAGCACCAUGCACUAUGGUAUCUUGUCAAAGAAUCUUCGCUCCAUGAAGCCAGUUCAGGACUGGGAGACUUUAGAUCACCUUGCCGAUCGCAUACACCAAACCAUACUCGAAACUCCUCCUGGUGCUUCCUUGAUUCAAUCAUGUCAAAUUGAGAUCAAGUUGCCCAAGGCCAGUUUGUUGGGUGACUAUGUCAACUACGUUUACUUUGUCGAGGGUGAAGACCAUGUUGGCAGAGUCCUCCAUCUCUCUCGCGUCUUCAUCCCUACUCUGAUCGGUGUCAACGACAAUGAGAGGACGGCCAAACAAAAGCUCUUCGUCAGCGUAUGGAUAGACAGAAUACAGGGCGACGACUCGCAAUCAUAUCCCGAGCUUGAAAGAAUCAUCACUCAGGCAAUUGAACCGACAGAAUUCGAAACUCUGGAGUCACUGGCCAUCUAUGUUCUCAAGGUCCUGAAGAUGAACUACACCCCUCUACAAUCACAAGAGACCAGUGUCCGCUUGAGAUUGGAGAAGCCUCAGGCAGUUCCCCACGCAUCUGCUCCCAUCAUCGAGAUUGUCAGAACAUCGGAUGAGCUGGCAGCCAUGGUCAGAUGA